UGUCAUUUACAACUUUGAUUGACGAAAUUAUUUCUCGAGCAUUAUUUAUUCUAAAUUAUUUUUCCAUUCAACAGGAUCUAUAUGUUUAAGAAUUCAGAAGAAAUUUUGAAACGGGAAAAGAAUUUUAGUGAAUUUGUUGUAAAUAACUCAAAGGGAAUAUCUCGCUUAAUGAACUCGGGUAUUUCUUCUGGCUUUAAAGUGAUUCUUUUCGGAACUUCUAAAUCUUCUUCAUAAUUUUAUUGUAAAAUAAUUUGUACUAUUCUUCGUUUGUCUUCAAUCAAAAUGCUCUCAUCAAAUAUUGAAAACAUAACAGAUUCUUCAUUUAGGUACCGUAAAUGGUUACAAAAUUUCUUUAUGGCAACAUUUGCAAUUGGUGGGUUUAUAUCUUUAUAGGAAACUAAUUUUCUCAAAAAUAAUAUGUUGUGUAAAGGAGCUUACAAGCUUUUAAGGGUCCAUACAGGUAAACCAAUUCUCUGCAUAACAUGUGAUAACAAAACAACAAAUAUCUCUAAGUGCAAUUUCUUCCCAGUGAUUUAAUUUUACUUGAUGUCUGAAGAUGUAAAUUUUGAAACAAUAAAUUUCUUUUGCCAUCCAUCUGGCAAGAUGAUAAGCACCAGGCUGACGAAAUUGUAUACCAUUUAAAGGAGUACCGCCCAAGAAAAUAAUGAUAAGCUCCAAAAGUUCUCUGUAAUCAUUGCGUGGGAAAUCUUCUUUGAUUUUAUUUUCAGCAAAAUUCAAAAUAUUGAAAGCAAUGUAUCCCAGUUUAUCACGAACGUAACUGUUUGUCAUUCAUUUUUUUUUUAUUAAUAUUAUACCAAUUUUUUUGAAAUUUUUUAAAAAUGGGUAUAUCUGGACCUGACAUAACGCAUAACUUUGUAAAACAACUUCAUACAUAUGGUGUCGGCAAGCAAGUAAUAAAAUAUUUCUAUUUAGUUUUUGUUCUAGCAGAACACAAGCACCGUUUAACCUCCCAGUAUUUGAAGCGGUGGUAUCGACUACAAAGGCCUGUAUUUUAUCUAAUAAUGCCCAGUCUUGUAAAUUAUCAUAAACAGCAGACGAAAUUUCUAACCCUGUACUACUAGAAAGUGCAGGAACUCCAAGAAGUUGCUCUAUACCUGGAGCUGAUUUUUUUUUGUUUUUAGCAUUGUAAUCAAAAAUCGAAGUUCAAUAAGCAAAUCCGGAAAUGACCAGGACUAAUAUUAUUUUUUUGUUUUGAAGAAUCAAGCACACUCACAUAGUAGUGUGAGCACCAACAGUUUCAAAGACCAUUUUAAAUUUAAAACCUUUAAAAUACGCCCGGAGAUAAAUCCCCGACUUUCCUCCCCCUAGAUCCGACUUUCCCAAUCUAUAAUAUUUUUAAGUUUCAAUAAAAUGAUUAAAAUCGUUAUUAUUUGUGUUAGUAUGCAAUUUCGAAACAAAUGCACUUUACCACGCCUCUCACGAAUUUCGAUUUUUUUUUUUUUUAAAAAUCCUCGGUACAUACCAUGGAAUAGAAUAUCCUCAGUCAGUUGCACACACAUUGUUUAAUCGUAUGGGAGUUGAACAGCAAGACAAAACAUCAGUGGAGGUUCCUGAAUCAUCUAAAAAAACAGAAGUAGAGAGUGUGGUAGAUUAUGAAACAGAAACGUCUAACAGCUCAGAGGAUAAUACUGAUGAUGAUGAUUAUAAUGGUCCUGAUCCUCUUGAAAACUCUGAUGAAGAUUCAACCUCCAUGAAAUCUACAGAGAGCAAUGAAGAUGAUGUUUCAUUUAAAUACCACUGUGCAAAAUGUAACCUCUCGUUUAAAUUCAAUUGUUGGUAUCAAAGACAUAUGUUAAUCCACAAACCUGGGACGUUUGCGUGCCAAUAUUGUCCUAAAUUAUAUAAGAGAAAAGACAUACUAAGGGAGCACCAAUUAUUAUUAUUAUUAUUAUUUUAAUAAAUUUAUUAACAUUGAUAUUGUUUUUUUUUCUCAAGAAUCAUCUGUCUGUUGGGACCACUACAUACUUAUGCUCCGAAGUUGUGAUAUCUGCACCAAUAAAGUGUUGGCAGCUACUUGU